CACAUCUACAACUUUCAGCCACAGAAGCAUGGGGUCGUCGAAUCACUGGCAACUUCCGUUACCAUCAAGGUUGCCGCUGAAACAAGGCGAUGACGCAGGGAUCAUCGCCCGUCGCAUCUUGUUCACCUCCAAGGGGGCGAGACCUCGCUCGCACAUGCGCACCACGAAGGAGCCAGCGCCAGGUCACUCACUCUUUGACUCUUGAUUCCAAAAUCGGCCCUUGAGGGUCGCGCUUAUUGGAAGACCCUGGGGAACUUCACUGACGAAAUCACGCAAUGGACACCCGCUGCGCAGACUCCGAGAUCCAGCUCGACGUGGAUCUCAUGGUGCUGGAAUACACGCUGUUCCAGGCCAUCGAGGCUCAACUGAGCGUCUUGUCGCGGGGCGGCUUUCAAGAUGAAAGGGCAGGGCCUGAGCCGCGACGCGUGCUGGCCAUCUUUGAAUCUUUUCUUGAAGUCUUCAAACACAACCAUCCCUCAUACGAGCAAUCCCCAGAGUUCAAUUUCAGGCUCGAGAUUCUGCGAGUCCUCAUCCUGCUGCUGUGCCAUUACUCCCCAGUCAUCUCUACAGACCGUUUAACGGAGGACGUGUCGGCCGCGCUUGACAGCCGCGCAAUGAGCGAUCUAAUGGCUCGUCGAAGAUGGCUCGCCCGACGCGAGAGGGAUCCACGCAGAGGUGGCGAAGGGUUCACGGUGGUUGAGCAAGCCGACCAGGGGCCGGCCUGGGACUUGGAGCAGCAGAUAUACAGCGCAUGGCACUCGAGAAGUUCCCACCACGCAUCUCGAGCGCCUCAGCAUACGAGAGGGCCCUUGCUCUUCUCCCUGCUGCCUCGAUUCAUGGCCAUUUCGGCUUGCUUCGUCGACUUUACAAACCAGGGUCCGAGCGACAUCUGGAUGGACGUCGCCUGCGAAUUCAUGCUGCAGGCGGGCCUCGAAUCGUUACGACUGCGUGGCCAAAAUGGGACCGUCGAGUGUCUGCCCAAGCUCGAGGACCGUUUUGCGUGGGGCUACAACUUCAACCUCGACGAGUCGCUCAAUGGCGAUGCUCCCCAUACUCCCCCUACUCCUCAUCACAACGACGAAACAGCAGAGAUGGUCAACAACCUCUUCCGCUUGCGGCAGGACGAAGAUAUAGGUCUCGAGCACCCCGACUGGACCCAGCUGCGCAUCGACACUCUCCACGAAUUCUCCGUCGCCGCCGACGCAUCUGCCCAGUCGCAAAGCCGCCGACUCGAGCACCUGGCCGACAAAUACCCCAGGGCAGAUUUCCAGCAACGGCUCGCCGGUCUGGUGCAGGACAUGUGGAACCUCAGUUGCCGGGCCGAGGUGCUGGGGAAGCCGGUGCUCGUGGAGAUCGAGGAAGGGCAUGUGAAGAGCCUUGGCCUGGAGGGCGCGGAUUUUGACCAGUUUGCGGCCCGGGUCGGCUUGACCGAGGGGUUUGACGAGAUUGAGGAUUGUAUCCUGGAGAAGGCGGCGCGCGGUCCUGCCAUCGGCAGGGAACAGAGUCUGAAAGGGACGUAUGAGUAUCAGCGUGAACGGGAGCGUCGAAGGCAGGAGGGUGGGAUUGCCAACGGCGCGUGACCCUGGACAUGUCGUCAGAGGAAUGGGUGUCUCCGCCAUGGGAAUUGUUCAGAGAAUUGGGUGGCAGCCCAUCUUCGGUUUUGACAUUUGACGUUCAUAGCCAACUAUAUACAUGGUACUCGGGACUUGUGUUGAACCGACAGCCUCGAAUGCGGUGAUGGAGAUGUACCUACUCGGUGUUAAUAUGUUGUUCAGCCUUGCGCCCACCACCACCACCACCACCACCACC